AGAGGUAUAUCACACUGAAAAUGUUUAAAAUGUUUUGCAGAUUUGUGAAGCUGGGAAUCAUUUCAUUAAUGUAAUGUUGUCUCAUCCAAAUCACACAGGAAACAAUGCCUGUUUCCCAAGUCCAAAUUAUAACCCCUUCACAUGGAUGUUUUUCCUGGUUUCAUGUCCUAACUACACCUAUGAGAUUGGAUCAUGGAUUAGUUUCACGGUCAUGACACAAACACUGCCAGUUGGAAUUUUUACACUUCUGAUGAGUAUCCAGAUGUCUUUGUGGGCACAAAAGAAACAUAAGAUUUAUCUGAGAAAAUUCAGUUCAUAUAUUCAUAGAAAAUCAGCAAUGAUUCCAUUCAUAUUGUAAAAAAAAAAAAAAAUCUCCUAUAGAAAAUGGCAACAUAUAAAUUCAAUAAAUAAGACUUAAUUAAGGAUAGUUAAUUACUAUACUCCAACAAUUCAUGAGCAACAGUAUAUACACUGAGUAAAAAUAUAGUAAAAUUUCACUAAAUUUAGAGUAAUGCACAUGGUGAUAAAAAGUAUAAAUUAUAAAUGCAAUUAACUAAGAACAGCUCUGAAUGUAUUUGCAUGGGAUUAGUCCUUGAAUAAAAUUGUCUUACUUCAUUAAUACUUCACAAUACUAUUUGCAUAAGGCAAAAUAUCACAACAAAGAAACAACCUGAUUAAAAAAUGAAAAAGUGAACUGAACAGACAUUUCCCAGAAGACGACAUAUACAUGGUGAAUAAGUAUAUCUUUAAAACACUCAACAUUAACUAUUCAUAACGGAAAUGUAAAUCAAAACUACAAUGAGACAUCAUCUCAUCCUACCUAGGGUGACUAUUAUCAAAAAGACAAAAAAUAUGACAGCCGUUGUGGCUCAUGUCUGUAAUCCUAACACUUUGACAGGCCAAGGCAGGAGAAUUGCUUGAGUCCAGAAGUUUGAGAUCUGGGUAACAUAUCGAGACUCUGUCUCUAAAAAGCAUAUCAAGAUUCUGUCUCUAAAAAAAAACUUUUAUGAAGUAAAAAUUAGCUGGGUGUGGUGGCACAUGCCAGUAGGUAGUCCCAGUUACUCAAGAUUGCUCCAGCUUAGGAGUUCAAGGCUACAGACAGCCAUGAUUAAACCAAGACACUCCAGCCUGGGUGACAGAGUGAGGCUGUCUCAAAAUAAAAUAAAAUAAUAAU